AUCGCGGCCUGUCCAUCCACGCCCUCCUUUUAUGAAGCUGCGUCCGGGGCCAUUUUCGAAGUCUGCCAGAACUCUGACUACCACGGCGAUGCCGUGCGUGUUGACUGGAACGUCCCGGAUCGAGAGACGUGCAUCCGCUCGUGUGCGACAACGUCCGGCUGCAAAUACGGCGUCUGGGACAAGAUUUACAAGGCGUGUCACCUUAAGGGCGACAACGUGCGGUGGGUGAGCGGCACAACGCAAUUCGACACGCAUCGGAUGAUUGCUUCCCCCGUGCAGCCGCCUCGCCUAGCUGGCUACCAGACGUGCCCGAGCGCCACGACUCGCUGGACAUUCGACGACGGCUCCAUAUACGAGGUCUGCCCCAACAGCGAUUUUCAGUCUAACAGCUAUCUUGUGGUGGACAAAGUGCUCUCAGACUGGUCCUGUCUCCGCAUGUGUAACCUGGAUCCACGCUGUGCUGUGUCCGUAUUCGACAAGCAGUAUUUCUACUGCCACCUCAAAGACAUCAGCAGUGGCAACUGGGUCGCGAGCAACCAGUUCAACGUCGGCAGGCUGAUUCAGCGCGGGUCCCGGAGUGCUGUUCCAUACCAGGGCCUUGGGCGCUGGAGGAAUCCUGUCAUGCUGCCGGUCAAUCCUGUGGGCGCGUACAUUAUCCCCGGCACGAACCGCUUCUUGGGAUUCUCUGGCUGGGGCGACAACGAAUUCUUUGGUGCCGAGGGAAUGACGCAAUUUAUCGACCAUGACUUUACCACAGGCGCGACAUCCAAGAGGUCCGUGAGCAACACCGGACACGACAUGUUCUGUCCGGGCAUGUCCACGCUGGCGGACGGUCGCAUGGUCAUCACUGGUGGUUCCAAUGCCGACAAGACGAGCAUCUACAACCCCCUAAACAAUGGCUUCUCCCCGGCUGCGAACAUGAACAUUGCCCGAGGUUAUCAGACGUCCUGUACACUCGCCGAUGGCAGAGUCUUCACCAUUGGAGGGGGUUAUAGCGGUGGCGUAGGCAACAAGUACGCCGAGGUCUACGAUCCAUCUGCAAACAAAUGGACCAUCAUCCGGGGGCCAAACGUCGAUGCGGCGUCGACCGCCGAAGGCAACAGGGGAGCGGCCGACAAUCACAUGUGGCUAUUCACAUGGAAGGGCGGCUCCGUCUUCCAAGCCGGGCCAUCCAGAGUCCAGCACUGGUUCGGAACGACCGGCAGCGGGAACACUACCAACUCCGGCACCCGCAGCAGGACAGACGCCAUGUGUGGUAUGUGGGUUAUGUAUGACGCCAUCGAGGGCAAGAUCUGGUCUGGCGGUGGUUCUCCGGAAUACACCAACAGCGACGCAGUGACAGACGCCCAUAUCACGACCAUUACCAACCCCUACCAACCCGCCAAUGUCCAACAGGUUGCAGCGCUCCCCCGUGCUCGCGGUUUCGGCAACGUCGUCGUCCUCCCCGACGGCACAAUCCUCGUGACUGGCGGCCAGGCCCGCUCUCUGGUCUUCACCGACACUAACUCUGUCUUCGUCGCCGAACUGUACGACCCUGUAGCAAAUACAUGGCGUACCCUCGCCGCAGCAAAGACUCCUCGCAACUACCACGCCAUUUCCCUCCUCCUGGCCGACGGCAGCGUUCUCACUGGCGGCGGAGGUCUCUGCUGGACCGCGCAGGGCCAGUCUACCGCGAACUGCCAACGCCAGAACGACCACCCCUCAGUGGAAAUCUUCAACCCGCCAUACCUCUUCAAUUCAGACGGAACAUGGGCGACGCGUCCCGUAAUCAACUCCGUCUCCUCAACUACAGUUCGCGCCAACGCCAGACUCACCAUCAAUGUCAAUGACGCCAACGUCACUUUUUCCCUUAUCCGCCUAGGAAGCGCAACGCAUUCCGUCAACUCGGACCAAAGACGCAUCCCAUUAAGAAGGGGAACAGCGAACGGUAACAGCUGGACAUUCACUUUGCCGAGUGAUUAUGGCGUCAUGCCUCCUGGAUAUUACUACUUGUUCGCCGUCAAUGCAAGGGGAACGCCUAGUUAUGCGACGACCAUCAGAGUGUCUCUUUAA